AUGGUGGCUGAGAAGGACGUCUCACAGACGACCGAAAACAUCGAAAAUGCCACGCAAAUUCAAGAGAUUGAGAGACAGCGGGCCGCAGAGUUCGAGGCUCCCAUGCAACAUAUCCAAGAGCUCAACGAGGCUGAGCACGUCAACCUGAGUUGGCGAUCAUGGCUCGUCGUUUUUGUCACCUGUUUUGCCAUUAUGGCUCAGGUUUUCGUCGUCGUGGCUGCUGGAUCUGUGAUUGCCUUCAUCAUUCGAGAUUUGGGCGAUGCACCAAUUGCAGGCUGGAUCAUUCAGGGGCCGUUGCUCAUGCAGAGCGUGCUGUCUCCCAUCGUCGGUCGUCUAAGCGAUGUCCUGGAUCGAAAAUGGCUCGCUUCAAUCCCGCCACUCAUUGCCUUCGCGGGUGCGGUCAUAUCAGCCAAAGCAACCUCAAUGUCCAUGCUCAUUGGAGGGGGUAUCCUCAUUGGUGUGACUUUGAGCACGAUUGCCAUUGUCCAAGCCAUUCCCAGCGAGGUCCUGCCUCUCAAAUACAGAGCCCUCGCCAAUGGUUUCGCCUUUCUCGGAGGUGCAGUGGGUGGACUGAUCGGUGGUCUGGGAUCAGGUGGUGUCACAAACCAAAGUCCAUCAGGCUGGCGAGACAUCUUCUGGAUGCAAGCCGCCUUCCACGCCGCUACUUUUCUCGGGCUCGUCCUUUUCUACCAUCCCACUCGACGGUCCGACUACCCUAAGAUGUCAUUGAAACAAUACAUUUGGGCUAUCGACCCCAUUGGAUCAUUCGUGUUCAUCGUGGCUUGUACACUGCUUUUACUGGCAUUGGACUGGGCAGGAGGUGCCUACGCCUGGUCAGAUGUCCAUGUUGCUGCUCCUCUAGGCAUUGGACUCGGAUUUUUGGCUAUCUUCUGUAUUUAUGAAUGGAAAGGCCGGACCGAUGGAAUUGUCGCCCACGUCUUCUUCAAGGGGUCACCAAAUUUCGCCCUCUCGGUAUUUGCUUUCGCAGUCGAGGGGUGGAUUUUCUACAGCGCCGUCAACAGCGUGACACCUCAAAUCGUGCUCAAUCUCGGUUUCCAGACCAAUGCAUGGAAAAUCUCCAUCCGACAGCUAUCUUACAAUCUUGUGACUUUGUUCGCGUCCAUCCCUCUAACGCUGUACGCUACCAAGUACAAGGAUUUGAAGUCUCCAUUGAUUGCGACUUUCAUUAUAUUCCUCGUCGUCUGCAUCUGCUAUGCCGUUAUCACACCUAGCAUGAAUAAUGCUCAAAUUGGGUUCAAUGUUCUGUCCGGCCUUGGGCAGUCCGGUCCUUUGACCCUGAUUGUGGCAUUGAUUCAAUUCACCGCUCCUCACGCCUUCCUCUCCACUGCAACUGGUCUGGGUUUCUCUGCCCGCGCUAUCGGAGGAGCAUUCGGCUCGGCAGUUCUUGAUGCCAUCAUCAACGGCAAGCUUAAAUCCUAUCCCACCAAGGUCGGCAAUGCCGCAGUCGCAGCCGGGUUACCCGAGUCAUCUGUGCCUGCCCUCAUAACAGCUCUGACUGCCGGGACUGGCCUGUCCACAGUCCCAGGAAUGAAUGAGACCAUUCAGGCUAAGACGCUGGAUGCCAGCCACUGGGCGUAUGCUCACGCGUAUAGACUUGCCUGGGCCAGCAUCAUCCCCUUUGUUGUCCUUGCCUUGGUCGGUGUUUGGUUCCUCAAGGGCGUGAAAGAGUUGAUGACUGAGAAGGUUGAGGCAACCGUCGAGCACACAAAACCAGAGGAGAACAUCAAGAUAUGA